AUGAUGGACUUUAACGUAUACAAUUCUUUGGCUCUGCAGAAUCACUAUAAUAGUACUCAGCACCAGCAGGAAGAGCUGGAGGUGACUGACACAGACAGUACGGUCAAGGUUUACAGUGAGAGGCCCCAUCUGGUCAGUCUGGGCAGUGGUCGGCUGUCCACAGCGGUCACUAUCGUACCUCUACAGGAAGGACGUACAGAGAUCGGGACGGCAAACUGUGCUGUGAUGCCUGACAUUGUGAUCCAGGGUACAGGGAUUGAGGAUGAGCACUGUUACAUAGAUAACAUUUACGGAACAAUUACCUUACACCCUAUAGCUAGGAUGUGUUCCAUAGAUGGAAAGAUGGUCACGGAGCCAACCAAACUCUCACAAGGCUGUAUGGUAUGUCUUGGGAGGUCUAACUAUUUUCGGUUCAAUCAUCCAAAGGAGGCGAAGAAGAUUAAAGAUGCUCUCCCCAACUGUCGGAUCUCUUGUGCUCCUCUACAUUUCCUUCAAGAUCUGGAGGACAAUCCAGAAUACAUGCAGAUGAUGUCCAAUGCUGCCAGUAAUCUGCAGCGGCGGUCAUCUUCAGGAUCUGACCGGUCCUACCCUGUAACAGACCGAGGUCAGUCGCUUCGGUCGGUCAGUAGGUCACCUAAAGACUCCAUCUCUGAAAAUAACGAACAAGAUGACUUCAUGAACAAAGUGUGCAAAUUUGAAUUAAUAUCGCGUGGGAAAAACUCGCCAAAUGCCAAGUCACCAACUAAUAAGUUUUUUUCUCCAGAAAACGAAAGAUACGAUCCGUCUCAUUAUUCUCCUCCUAACACAACGUCAUCUACAAACAGAUCUCCUCAUUCACGACAGUACACGCCUGAUUCUGGAAAAUCUGCUGGCACCGCUCCCUACCCAGCCAAGUCAAUGGAGCGUCAGAAAUCUCGGACUGGGCAGAGCCCAGGAACAUAUUCAGGUGAGAAAGUGUUCAGUAAAGAGACAGCAACUACCCGUGUGUCACUCAGUGUCUUACGAGGAAAUUCUGGCACAGGAAGUAAUGAACGCGUGACAAGUACAGGAAGUAAUAGUUCUGGCUCACUGACAAGUGUUAGUAGUGUUAGUGGUGCUACAUUGAGUUGGAAUUCAAAUUCUGAUUCAUCAAAAUCUAAUGAGUCCUUGUCUAGCAGCAAGACUCUUCAUACCUCCUCAUCAGGGAGCACAACUCCCCGAAUGGACCAAUCAGUAAGCAGGACUCGAACACCUGACUUAGCUAGCACAAAGGUUGUUAUGGCAACAACUGCUGAGUCUUUAGCAGAAAGUAUUAUGAAUGGUGAUCUGCUCUCAUCUUUUACUUCAACAAAGAAGCCAGAUUUUGACCCUGGUAGUGAAAGUAAUAGAAACACAUUUGAUGGAAUGGAUUUUGAUUUUAACGAACUUACGGCAAGUCAGCAAGACUUGUCUAUUAAACACCAGGAAAUGGUGUCAGAGCGGAAAAAGGAACAGGAAAUGGAACGUCUCGAAAAACAACGUUUAGAAGAAAUAUUGAAUAUGUGUGCAGAAUAUGAAAAACAGAUUCAGGAUGAAAAAGGAAGCACAAACAGUCCUGUUUCUAGUGUUCAUGGUCAGACAAAGCCCCAGCAGCUGAAACCUUGGACCAUGCAGGAUUUUCUGGAAAACAACAACAAACCAGUGGAAUCUAUUGAUCAUAGAGAUGGUAGUUUGACACCUACCUCAUCUUCAAGUCUACAAGGGCAGACAACUCCAAAAGCAAAUGGAACAUUUAGUUACAACGUGUCACCAAAUUUCAGUGGUUCUAACAAUGGGCAAGUUGUUUACCCAGGUCAAAUAACCCCACAAACUGGAAUUAAUGUAGAAUAUGGUUCAUAUGAGAAUAUGAUAGUUACCUCCCCUGAACACGUUAAGUCUGGAUCCCCUGCCAUGCAGAGUCCCCCAUCGUACAUACAAAGGCCCAGUCUGCCAUCCAUGACAGGAUAUGAAGGUCAAAAGAGCAGAGGUCAAGGUUCACCAAGACAACAGGAUGUUAGAUUGAAUGGGUUUGCACAAAAUCAAAAUAUGCAGAAUUUACAGCCAGACAUUAGAGAGUUUAUCACUUCUUCACCAAAAACUGUUCUUGAGGAAACAAAACCUGUUUCGUCAAGUCCAAAGUAUGUGCCAGAGGAAAAUAAAAUUAUAUCUCCCUCGCGUAAGUUUACAGUCGAGAAUCAGCAUGGUGUAGUUAAGUCUCCAAAAUCUCCUGGUAACAAUGGAGAGUUCAUAUAUUCUCUCGCUAAAUCUGUCUCUGUAACAGAUGACAUGGGCUCCAACAUGGCUGGCGGUAUUCCGCAGUCAAAGUCCACAACGAAGACCAACAAGGUACAGAGUAAUGCCACACAGGAGAUGAAUUGGCAGUAUUCGGAUUCGUCAGUGAAUCCACAACGACAGAUAAUAGAUCCACCGGCAGGAUUUGGGGACAUUGUGUCUGAUGGUUCCCAUAAUGAUAAGCAAACUGCCUCCACACCUGAAAUCCACCAAUUGAUUUCUGAAUCAGCUGCAACAUUGAAUCGAAAGGAGAAAGAACAACAGAUAGCUCAAGCUACUCAGAGACCCGGACAAAAUCAGGACGAUGUUAGUGCAGGUAAACCUGUACAGAGACCAAACCUAUUGUUGAACCUGAAUGAUCAGGAUGGGACUAACUCACUGGACAGAAAAGACAAGUCAGAGUUCCGAAGCUCAAUGUCGAAGAUCAAAACGAACGGGUCUCUUACCAUGUUAUCAUCGCCAAACAACCCUCACAAGGAUGUGAUGGUCGGAUUUCAAGUCCGACGCUGUAACUCCAAUUCCUCAAACUCUGAGGAAGAAUCAUCAGGUGGAAAUUCAGAGGAUACAGGAACAAUAAAACGUCGCCCUUUGAUAGGUGGUGAACCACUGAGACGGAGAUCAAUUGAAGAGAGAAAUCGCAAUAAGAUUUCUCCCGAGGAGCCUCUUAAAAGUCCACAUUUCUCGCCAAUAAUGGGAAGCAGGAGCCCAAAAAUUGGUCGUAGAAUGAUGCGUUAUGAAGACCUACAGAACCAAAGUGCUAAAGUAUCUAGCAGUGAAAGUUUGUCGUCCUCAAGCAAAAAAUCAGACGACAAUUCUAGUGUGAAAAGUCGUAAAUCAAACAGCAAGGAAAGUAUAUCUUCCAAAAAUGAUGUUGUACAUGUGCACAAAUCUAGCCAAGAGGAUGUAUCUGUUAACAGUAUAAAUAAUCAUGUGUCUCCUAACAGUUCCAUGGAUUCGGCGGAAAUAGAGAAAUCUGUCCGAAUGGAACGGUGUGAAAUGUAUCUUCGUACAUCUGGAGGUCAAGGUCAUUUGUCAGAUCAUUCUCAUGGUUUUACUAACUUGGAUAAAUCUUGUGAUAGCCCAGAACCAGGUCCCUUCCCUCGUGAUAUCGGUGAGGGGAUUUACGAAAAUGUGCCAUUUUAUCGUAACAAGGAAUCACGGAAUAUAACUGCGGAUUAUACCUCAUCUGUGUCUUCCACAAGGAUUAAUAAUACUAAUGAGAAUUAUUAUUCUAAAGUGAGUUCCAUUGAUUCAAAUAUUAUGUCGUCCAUCCGGAACUCUUCAGGAUCUAACGGUAGCAGCAAAAAGUCGGAUGAAACACCGGUCAACAGUGACACGGAGCACAUCUUAACGCAGACACACGAUCGGGCAUCCUCCAGUGGUGUCGAGUCAUCUAGUGAAUGUAGCUUCAAUUUUACAGAGGAUGGGGAUGCUCAUCAACAACUGGAGAACCUUAAAAAGACAAAGUCCGAUCUGCUCAAAAAAAUUACAGACCUCAAACAACAGAUAGUAGAGAUUGAAAACCAGGAGAAUGAGGCCAUACGAGAGUUGGAGAUGGAGCGCGCCUUGCUGGAGGGAGAACACCAGACAGAAAUGGACGAACUGCAGUCUGAUCAGGACCGAAUCAACCUCCUCAAACAGCGACAAGCUGAACUCAUCGAACGCGCCACACAGGAACGAGAAAAGAUGAGACGACAGGAGGAGAAUCGUAUGCGAAGUGAGCGUGAUAAACUGAUAGAACUUGAGCGUCAUCACUACGACACCGAACAGAUCCUAGAAACAUGUCGAAAGGAGGAGGAGGAAACCUACCUUGAUCGUUUCCAACGCGAGCAGGAAGUCCUCGAUAACCAAAGACGACUCUUCGAAGACCUGGAAUUUCAACAGCUGGAGUCGGAGGCAAAGUUUGAGGAAGAAAAGGAACAAAUACAACGUAAACUGAUGAAAGGCCAAAAUGAACUUCUUGAAAAGUACAGAUCAAGGGAGGGUCGACUCCAACAAAUAGACAACCAGCAGAAAGAAAUGCUUAGUAACGUGAAACGGGACAUGGAAACGAUGGAGCGUCGACGCCAACAGCUGGUGGAUGAAUUCAGAAAGGACAAGAAACAGUUAGCUGGUGUGAUGAAGAAAAUUCAGGAAAUAUCACAAUUCUUGUCUGUUCCUGUAAGUGAUGAAAUUGUAGAUCAGGGCGGACGAUCAUCAGACAACGAGGUACCUGACAAACAGGAUUUGAGGAGUCCUAGCCAGAGUUCACUUCCUAAGACACCUACACAUCGCUCAGUGGACUUGUCUCCCCUGCUAUCUUCUAGCAACUUAUCUCCCUUUCCGAACUCUUUGUCACACUUACAAAUAUCACCAACUAAUAAUAAUGUGAACAACCUUAGCUUGGGGUCCUCCCCUACGGGCAUCACACCUGGGUCCAACUCGGGGUCCCCAAAGGGACUCCAUGUACCCAAUAGUUCGUACUCAGGUGAGCGGAAAAAAUCUACCACACUUCUGGACAUUGAGAAAAACCGCUGUCUAUUUAUGGAACAGCAAGGAGGCAACGUGAUCGAGCAAGAAAAGAAGAGGAUAGAGGAACUGAAACGUCGCGCUGCUGAUGAAGGACGCGCACAGUGGGAAGAGCGUAAACUCAGGGAGGCAAAUUGUAAAAGUUUUAACUCACUGGAGUCUGAAGAUUCAAGUAUAGCAAGUAGCUGUGAAACACCGUCAGAGAAGGAGACAAGCCUAAGCAGUGGGGAUGACCAGAUGGAGAAGUUAGUGGAGCUGGAGCGACUCCUGGCUCAGGCACAGAAGGACAAGAUUAAGCUGAUAGAAGAUAAGGUAAAGAUGAAGGAAGAUGAGAUGGCGGCCCUUCAGGAGGAAAGAUAUAAACGUGAGGAGUUGGAGAAAAAACUGAAGGAAGAGACGAGUCUACGGGAAGAACUGGUACAACAACAAGUCAAAAUGAGAGAGAGGCAGGUUAAACAGGCUCGACCCCUAACCCGAUAUCUACCUGUACGGGAGAAAGAAUUUGACCUCAAACAACACAUAGAGACAGCAGGCCAUCACCUUGACAACUGUCCACAAAUCUCGGUCACACCAACGAGUUGUCGAGGAUUUUUACACAAGAUGGGAAACAAGUUUAAAACGUGGCAUAAACGCUGGUUCGUAUUUGACCGUGUUAAAAGGUCCCUAAUCUAUUACACAGACAAGACUGAAACAAAGGCGCGAGGUGGAAUAUACUUCCAGGCGAUAGAGGAAGUAUAUGUGGACCAUCUACGCACUGUAAAAAGUCCCAACCAAAAACUGACAUUCUGUGUGAAAACAUAUGAUAGGACUUACUACAUGGUGGCCCCGUCCGCUGAGACCAUGCGUAUCUGGAUUGAUGUAAUUUUUACUGGUGCGGAAGGCUAUCAACAGUUUAUGUCUUGAGAAACAGUGAGAAAGUAAAGAGAGAUACUUCUUUUACAGGAGAGUGGGUUGUUGUUUGCAUAAAUGUGAUUUCUUGUGGGAUGUGAUUUAGUAGCAAAAUUUUCAAAUGUACACUUAAUGGUCAAGCUGUGUAGAUAAUGUAUAUUGUACCAUAUACUGAAAUAUGGAACAGGAUCUGGUCACAAAUAUAUUCUUUUUGAUUUUCACUACAUUUAUAACUAUUGUCUAUAGAUCAGUCCAUUGAAUCGGAUAGCUAUGAAAGCCAAAGAGUGAAACCAAGGGAGAUAACUCCUACUAUAUCUGCUGAACUAAGAAAAUGCUUUAGUGUAUGUAACUAAAAUUGUUUUUAUAUAAACUAAUUGUCCAGAUCUACAUGUUGUUUGUUUUUAACAAAGAAUAUUUAGUUAUUGAGUAAUUUUGAUGUUAUUAUAGAUUACACAGAUGACAUAAGUGCUCUAAGUUGGGUUUUUCAAUUUUUUUUUCUGUUUUUAACAGAUAUAUU